AAUAAUAUUAAUCUUCCGGAUUCUAUUCUCAUUUGGUUUGUGUGCUUCUCUUCGCUUUCCUCAAUUCUCAAUCUUCUUCUCUGCAGAACAAGAAAAAAAGUGGUUUGUUUCCUUCUCUUUGCCUUUUCCCUCUUUUCUCCGCAAUCAGCUUCCUCUUUCAUCGGUCUUUCAUAUUUAUCUACCUUAGCGUUAAGCGUUUCUUUUGCUUUUCUCAAACCAAAACCUUCUCAGAUCGAUCGAAGUUUGGUGAAAUUUGAUUUGUUUCCAGCAUUGGCUACAUUGUGGAAAGUGGUGAGAGAGUCUCUUGAAUUGUCUCAAGUGUCAACUUUGGAUAACGCUAGGAUGCAGGGAGAGAGGGCUAGUCUGGGUUCUUUAGCAGAGGCUUUGAACUUUGAGCAUGGAUCUACAUCUAGUAACGCUGUGAUAGAUCAGCCUAUUCGUUGGGAUAAUAAUAUUCACAGUUAUGGUGAUAACGGAUUGCAGGAUUACAUGAUUUCAGCUGCUGCUGAUACAAAUCCUACUUUUGCAAACUCAGUUUAUCAUGAGCAAGGCGGCUUACACAGGUUUAACAUUGGCAAGGCUAGCUCUAGUGGUACGAAGAACGAAACCACUACUAGUCACACUCAACAAUGGAAUGGAAUUGGACGUUUUGAGGAACAGAGAAAUGGCAAGCUUGAGUUGAACCCUUUGUUUGCGCAACCAUCUAAUGGAAACCGUGUUGCUCGCCAUGUCAAUCUUAAUGCAGAAUAUAAUGAGCAUCUUGAUGAUAUGAAUCCGGUCACAGGUCAUCCUGCUCUUUUUGAGGCUAAUGGACUCAGGUCUAUGUUUAUACCAGAGGACAGUGUUAGAGAUGGGCGUCGCGUAUCCUGUAAAAGAAAAGCUCUUGAUGCAAGCAUUGGCCAGUCCUCUUCCAGCGGAGGUUUCCGUGAGGUUCAGCGUGGAGAAUCCAGUUCUUGGAUCUCACCUUCUGCGUAUUAUAGUCCAGCAAUGACAACAAACCAUUUAGACCUAUCUCUUGAUCGUCGAAGGGGUUUGGUGGUAUCUAAUGCUGUUCCAAAUGUAUCUGCUCCUGCUAUCACAGAGAGCUCUAGUAGAAAUUACUCUGUCAGGGUUAAUCCAACUGAUCAACAAGAAACCGUAAGCCCAUUGGUCUUUGCUGCAGGAAGUGUUAUCAGACGACCUGUUGCUCCAUCCUUGAACUCACAAGGGUUUCCACCAGCAGAUCAACAACUGAUCGACUUGAGAUAUGGACAUGCUUUCGGGAAUUUUGCUUCUCAGAAUCCAAAUGCACCUGCUACUCACAUGCCUCCUUUAUUUAACUUGAACGCAAGCCCAGUAGCAGCGGCUGUACCAUCGAGUUCUGCUACUCCUGUUGAGAGAAAUGUUUUGCAUCGAGAUGAAACGAGACAGAUAAGUAAUAGUCUACAGAUGCCUUUGUUUGUACCUGCUCCUGAACUGAGACAUGUAGCCAAUGGUCAUAUCAGCAGUAAUGCAAGUGGUGCUAGACAUGCUGCAUCUUCUUCAUCCAGGACAAAUGUUCAGCAGUGGCAGUUUCCGUCGCCGUCGCCGUCUAAUCCAGCAUGGAAUCCUUACCAGAGUAAUAAUAACUCGCCACAUAAUCAAGGGAGUUUAUCUGAACACUUCCGUAGGUCAUUGCUUUCUUCCCUUGCUACAACAAACCAGAGAGCUGCUGCUCGUUCCUUGGUCCCUCCUGCCUCCCCUCCGGUUGAGCCCGUGGUUCAGUCUGGUGGUGGAAACACCUCUCAGGCGCGUACUCGGGCUUCCUCGAGAGCAAGUCUAAGACAACGGCAACAUGCAACAACUGGCAUUCCUCAUUCUUUGCGAGGCAGAAGCAGAACGGCGUCAUCCGAGAUUCGUAAUGUCUUGGAGCAGAUGCGUAGAGGAGGGAACUUGCGUUUUGAGGAUGUUAUGCUUCAGUCGAUGGUGCGAAGUGUGGCGGAUCUUCAUGACCAACACAGAGACAUGCGACUUGAUGUUGACAACAUGACAUAUGAGGAGUUGUUGUCUCUAGAAGAGCGGAUUGGUGAUGUUUGUACCGGUUUGAAUGACGAAACCAUAUCAAACAGAUUGAAGAAGCAAAGGUACAAAAGUAGUACCGGAGCUCCACAAGAAGUAGAACCAUGCUGUGUUUGUCAGGAGGAAUACAAUGAAGGAGAAGAAUUAGGAGUGUUGGAAUGCGGACACAACUUCCAUAGCCAAUGCAUCAAACAAUGGCUGAAGCUGAAGAACCUUUGCCCAAUUUGCAAAACAACAGGAUUGAACACUGCAAAUAAGCGAAGAAGACAAUGAUUGAACUUGUUGGGUUUAACCAUUUGUCGAGUGUUCUAUACCAUUGCAGCCUCAUUAGAAUACUGCAGUCAAGUUGGUGUCUUGUCAGAUAGGAAUGAAGGGAAGUAACUGAAGAAGAUAGGAAGAAAAGGAGGACCUAAAGAAAAAGAAAAAACUUGGGUUCUUCUGAAUUUGUUUGGAUAAGUUAAUUUUACCAAUUAGAUUUUUUAUUUCUUCAUCUUCUUCUUAUGAUUUUACCCAGUAACACCAAGAAAGCUUGUAAGCCAAUUUGGCAAUUUAUAGGUUUUAUGGAUGAUUGGUUAUGUAAUUUCUUAUAUAUCGUAUAUCCACAUUGGAUGUAUCAACAUAGCAUAAGAUAUGCAUAUUGUUUGAUUCAAGAAGGUUA